GAGCUGUUUCCAGGAUUUAGCAAUUACAAACUUUGCUGCUAUAAACAGGGUGUGCGUACGUUAUUGUGGAGUGACGCUUUUAACACUUUGGGGAGGCCAGAAAUCUGUCUGAAAGGCACCCUGGGUGUGUGUGAGGGGGUGUUAGAAGCCACUGCACAGGCUUGCAAGGAGGCGAAGGGGCGCUGGUUCUGAUGAGCCCGGGGGUGGGAACUUAGAUCACGCGGCUGUGCAAGUUUAAGCAACUCCGACCGGGCUUCCAGUCUACACAGCCUGCUGUUCUCUGAACCGUGAACUGUGAAGACGCCGAGGUGUCCGCCCGCGCGCAUCCGAGCUCGUGGCAGGGGUGCCCAGGAACGGAGUGACAGAGGAAACGGGGGUGGCGGGGACCAGAGCCACGGCGCCCCAACCCCGACACCCCAACUCUGCCACAACUACUCCAGAAGUCCGCUCAGGCUGCGCCACACCCUGGUCUCACCGACUAUUGUCACUCCCACUUCCGGUAUGCCGGCUGCAUGGGCUGGACGCUCAGCCAAUCAGCGCCCUGCUUUCCUUCCGGUGUUCUGCGUGCUACCAUGGAGACGGUCCAGGCGAGUCCAAACGCGGAGGAGGGCUCGGCCAGCCAUGCUCUAACGCUGUUUGUGUGUGAGCGGCCGGCCCGGAUGGAAAACUUCAUCCUGUACGAGGAGAUCGGCAGAGGCAGCAAGACUGUCGUCUAUAAAGGGCGACGGAAGGGGACCAUCAACUUUGUGGCCGUUCUUUGUACUGAGAAAUGCAAGAGGCCCGAGAUAACCAACUGGGUCCGUCUCACCCACGAAAUUAAACACAAGAAUAUCGUAACUUUUCACGAAUGGUAUGAGACCAGCAACCACCUUUGGAUGGUCGUGGAGCUCUGCACAGGCGGCUCUCUAGAAACAGUGAUUGCCCAGGACGAAAACCUCCCAGAAGAGGUCGUGAGAGAAUUCGGGGCCGACCUGAUCUCCGGGCUGUGUCAUCUUCACAGACUCGGCGUUCUCUUUUGCGACGUUUCUCCCGGGAAGAUACUCCUGGAAGGGCCCGGGACCCUGAAGUUUAGCAAUUUUUGCCUGGCGAAAGUGGAAGGUGAGAAUCUGGAAGAGUUCUUUGCUUUGGUGGCAGAAGAGGAAGGAGGAGGUGACAGCGGGGAAAGCGUAAUGAACAUGAAAAACAGAGUCAGAGGGUCUCCUGUGUAUAUGGCACCAGAAAUCGUGAGGGGCGCUGACUUCUCCGUUACCACUGACCUCUGGUCGUUGGGCUGUCUGCUCUAUGAAAUGUUUUCAGGAAAACCUCCAUUCUUCUCAGAGAGUGUCCCAGAAUUAGCUGAAAAGAUUUUACAUGCAGAUCCGCUGCCUCCUGUUCCAAAGGAUGCGUCACGUCCGAAGGCAUCUUCAGACUUUGUUAAUUUGCUUGACGGCUUGCUUCAGAAAGAUCCUCAGAAAAGGUUCACAUGGAACGGCGUGCUGCAGCACCCUUUCUGGAAGGGCACCCUCACGAGGGAAGCCAAGGAGUCGCGCGUGGAGGAUUUCCCCGGCAGCAGCAGAAGCGCGAAGGAAGGUUCCAGGCCCCAGGACCCCAAGGUGCCUGCGCAGCACCCUCUGAGUGGCCGCAGUGCCAGGCCCAGGGCGGCUCAGCGACUCAGCCCGGUGCUCAAGCUCGAAAACCAAGCCAAGUUGCGGCCCAAGAGCACUGCCGGGGGGCAGCUGAGCGAGUCCCUCUUUCUUCUCAGUUCUCGUCCGACCCCAAGGACCAGCACUGCUGUGGGGCUGAGCCCUAGACAGGAUGGGACUCAGACUUCACCACAGAAGGCCUCGGCCUCGGCCAAGAUCACCAGUGCACACCUAAGCCAGGAAGCACUGGAGUCUCAGAUGAGGACGCUCAUCUACACGGAGGCAGACCUGGUCGUCACCCCUAUCAUCGACAACCCGAAGAUAAUGAAGCCACCGCCCAUUAAAUUUGAUCCAAAAAUACUGCAUCUACCAGCACAUUCAGCUGAUAAGUUACUACUGCUGGAGGACCACGACUGGAACGAGUUUCUGCAGCAAGUGUGCUCGCAGAUCGACUCCACCGAGAGGAGUGCGGGGGCCUCCCGAGCCAAGCUGAAUCUGCUCUGCUAUUUGUGUGUGGUGGCUGCUCACAGGGAGGUGGCCAGCAGGCUCCUCCAUUCUCCCCUGUUCCACUUGCUAAUCCAGCAUUUGCGAAUAGCUCCAAACUGGGAUAUACGGGCCAAGGUGGCGCGGGUGAUUGGUCUGCUGGCCUCGCACACGAGUGAGCUCCAGGAAAACACACCGGUUACUGAGGCGAUUGCUCUCCUAACGGAACUAAUCAGGGAGAACGUCAGGAACAGCAAAUUGAAACAGUGCCUUUUGCCACCCCUUGGGGAGCUGAUUUACCUCGUGGCCACCCAGGACAAGAAGAGCAAGCCGGCCCGACAGUGCUGGGCCGUCCCCUCGGCCACCUACACCGUGCUGCUGAGGUGCCUGCGGGAAGGGGAAGAGCGUGUUGUGAAUCACAUGGCGGCAAAGAUUAUUGAAAACGUGUGCACCACCGUGUCCGCGCAGGCCCAGGGCUUCAUCACUGGGGAGAUCGGGCCUGCUCUGUGGUUCCUGUUCAGACACUCCACCGUGGACGCCCUCAGGAUCACGGCGAUCUCGGCCCUGUGUCGAGUCUCCCGCCAGUGUCCCACCACCUUCCAGAGCGUGAUUGAGAAGGUGGGCCUGCCCUCCGCGACCCAUGCACUGGCCGCCGCUGUCUGCCGGAUCCAGCAGUACCUCCUGACCCUGUUCGCCACGCUGCUGUCCUGCGGGAUUCAUCUCCAGAGGCUGGCCCAAGAGAAGGAUUUUGUCUCCACGGUUCUCCGCCUGCUCGACAGUCCCUCGACCACCAUCCGAGCGAAGGCCUUCCUGGUGCUCUGCUACGUCUUGAUCCACAACCGAGAGAUGCUGCUGCUCAGCUGCCAAGCACGGCUGGUGAUGUACAUCGAGAGAGACAGCAGAAAGACCACCCCCGGCGAGGAGCGGCAGAGCGGUGGCUGCGGCGGCGACAAGUACCUGUGCCGGUGCCUGCAGCUGCUCAUCCGUCACCUCGCCCAGGAGCUGCCGCGGAUCCUGGGUGAUGUUCUCAAUGCCUUGGCCAGCAUCUCAGGUCGGAAGCACCCAUCCACUGUCCAAGGGAAGCAGCUAAAGACAUGCCUGCCCCUCAUGCCCGUGGUGCUUCACCUGCUCACUUCUCAGGUCGUUCGACCGCAAGUUGUGACAGAGGAGUUUCUUUUCAGUUACGGAACUAUUCUUAGUCACAUUAAAUCCAUAGACUCAGGAGAAAGCAACAUAGAUGGAGCUGUGGGAUCGGCGGCAUCGGAGGAAUUCAUCAAGAUAACGCUGUCGGCUUUCGAGGCUAUCAUACAGUACCCCGUGCUGUUGGAAGACUACCACGCUACGGUCAUUGAGUACAUCCUGCCACCCUUGGUCUCCCUGGUUCAGAGCCAGAAUGUGGAAUGGAGGCUCUGCAGCCUGCGCCUGCUCUCGGAAACCACGUCGCUGCUGGUGAACCUGUCGGCUGGGGACGGCGAGGAGGAGGCCGUUGCUGAUUCUGAGCGCAGCCUGCUGGGCCUGGUGCGCGACACGCUGCUGCCCCAGUAUGAGCACAUACUCACCGAGCCCGACCCCGUGCCUGCCUACGCACUGAAGCUGCUCGUGGCCAUGACAGAGCACAACCCCACCUUCACCAGGCUUGUGGAAGAAAGCAAACUGGUCCCGCUGAUUUUUGAAGUAAUAUUGGGCCGGCGGGAGAGCAUUCUGGGCAAUACCACGCAGAGUGUGAUCGCCUUGCUCAGCAACCUGGUCACCUGCAAAGACUCGAACGUGAAGCUCCUCUACGAGCAAGGACUCGUGAUGCACGUCUGUAACCUGUUCACUGCCGCUGCCUCGCUGUGCUUGGACGUGGACAGCAAGCACAGCACCGAGCUGGCCGCCACCCUGCUGUUCUCGCUGCUGGACAUCCUGCACAGCAUGCUGACCUACAUGUCCCACGUCGUGCGGCUGGCUCUGCAGGCGCAGAAGUCGGGCUCAGGAGGGGACACGCAGGUGGCUGAAGACCUGCUGCUGCUGGGCAAGCCUCUGGCUGCCCUCACUGGCCUGCUCAUCCCGCUGCUUUCCGGCGAGGACCCUGAAGUUUUUGAGGUCUCCUCCAAGUGCCUGUCCAUCCUGGUUCAGCUGUACGGAGGGGAGAUCCCGGACAGCCUGUCCCCGGAGAACGCCGACAGCUUUGCUCGCGUGCUGGCCUCCCGGACGGACCCGAAGGACCAGAAGCUUCUGUUGCGGAUCCUCAGGAGGAUGGCCUUUGAGAGCAAGUCCGGGAAACUGUGCCUCCAGACCCCUCAAUGGAUAAACAUGCAUUUCCUUAAGAAGGUCACCUCCAGCGAGCAGCACCGGGUGCGCCUUGAGCAGGCAGGUGGCCUGCAGAGGGUGCUGGAGCGGCUGGCCCGGGCUGAGGGCUCACCUGACAACAGACUGGUGGCUUCCCUGGCCCGGGACAUCCUCCAUGCCCUGGAAGUUCGGCAGGAAGGCACUUAGGGAGCUCAGCUGCACCCUACGCUCGGCUGCGUGGCAGCCUCACCACCUCUGCCACCACCCCCGCAGCCUGACUGGACCUAAUAAAGCCACAAGGCACAGACGGUGCUUUUCACUCUCACUCGGCCCGGGGACCGGCACCAGGGCUCCUCCGUCCCUGGGGCCCUGCUAGGAAGGCCAGGUGUGUCAGUCACACUUGAAGUAGCUUUCCUCUCUGCAGCUAGGCCGUGUGGGCUGCCGGGCCGGGGAGGAGCAGGACACGACACGGGGCUGCUGCCCUCGGGGAGCCUGCUUCACCACCCUGGCCUUUUCCUGUCUCGGACAGGCUCUUGCAGUCCCAGGGCACAGUGAGGUGCUGCCCAGCUGGAGGCUGCUGGGGAGCACAGGACACUGGCUUCUCGGGGUCUGCCUGGCUGGGUGGGACAACUGCCGAUACCCACACCUCCCCCUCCUCAUGCAAGGACUCGGGGACCAAGGCUGUCACCCUGUCCUGGCUCCCUCACACUGGCAGACGGCAGCUGUGUGGGCAGAGGACCUCCUUGUGCCUAGGGAGCUGUCCCUGCCGCCCGCUUGGCCAUGAUGCCCCGGUGCUGUGCUGUUCAGCAUUUGGCUGUGCAGUCCCCACCUGGGCCUGCCACCCGCCCCCAUGGCCAGCACUAGGAGCCAGGGCACUGCCCACGAGGCCCUGCCAGGCGGAGCAGAUGGGGUGGCGUCCUGACCUCUGACCUGCUGCCUUGAGGGUGUCAGGCUCAGGCCAAGUGCCCACAUGGCCCAGGGAGCAGGUCUCUGUUCCCAGGGUGUCCCUGUCCGUAUCCUCGGUUCUGGGGACUUGUCCCCGGUUCAGGGUCAGCUCGUGCAGUAAGGCCCCCUCCUUACCGCCAGCUGCGUGGCCUCAGCCCCUAACUGUCCCAGCACCACUCUGCCAUGGAGCUCCUGCAGGGCGGUGCCUGUGCCUGGCCGAGACUCCUAGGAAGGUCUAGGCUGGGCUCUGGGCUGAGCAGGAGCGGCUGGCCGGGCCCCAUCCCUGUCCUCAGAGCAUUCCAGGUUCUGGUGCCAGCAGGCCCGGGACAGGCACCCAGGGGCACGUGUGUCCAAGUCUCCAGGGGUGUCGGACGGCGUCACUGAAGCCACGGGUAGAGGCCUGGGCCGGGCUGUGGGUAGCCACAUGGAGAUCACCGGCUUCUGAGCCAGCCAUCAGGGGCCCCAGGCACCAUCAGGGUGUGGGGGGGUCCGCUGGUCCACACUUGCAGUCACCAGCGGGCCUUGCCAUGGCUGCGACUCAUGUGCCUGUUGAGUGAGGUGGGGAAUGGGGUUUCUCCUGACCAUGGACCGAGAGACCUGGGGGCUCCGAGGGAGGUGCAGGUGCAGGUGCAGGUGCAGGUGCGGAGCUCGGCGUCACUGGGAGGCAGGCCUUCCCAUGUGAUUUCACUCCGGCUGGGGCUAGGUGCCGCCUCCCUCUCCCUGACCAGGACAUCCUCUGUGGAGCUCUCAGCACUGGUCAGGCGUCCUGGGCCGAGGCCACCCGUCCUAACUGCGCAUGGGUGGCGACCCCGCGCCAGGUGAGUAGGGGUCGCACCCGGAGCGGCUGUCGGAGCCACCGGACGCCCAGCAGAGUGCGCCCAGCGUGUCUGACCCACUUCUCAAGUCACCAGAACGGAACAGUGCCUGGCGGGACUCCGCUAACCAGACUCCUGCCAAGCAGGACACUCUUACCUCUGCCCAACAGUGGGCAGUGCCAGGCCGUUCCCUAAUCAGUCUGCGUAGGGCAGCUGGGGCUGGGCAGCCCUCCCAACACCACGCCCUUCUCCCCCGUCCCUCACGUCCUCGGCCAGACGUCUGCUCCCCAGCCAAGCACGCAAUGCCGCCUGCAGCUGUGCAAGGCCUGCAUCCCACUUCCGGAGACCGUGUCCCUUUGGUCAGCGAGGCCACCGUCCCACGCAUCGCAGGAGGCCCUUUCGCACAGUGGCCCAGCCUGCAGCAUCUGUGGGGCUGUCACCCUGCCCUCGGCGCCAGAGCCUGGGCCGUGGAUGUUCUGUCCCAGCUUGUUCUAUUCAGAUGGUCACCUGGAGUUCGACAGCUCGACCUCGAAGGCCCCUGGUCCACUUCCUUCCAGCACCAGCCACCUCUCCACGUGAGCAGCAGCCCUGGCCUGCUCCCGCUGUCCACAUGCCUGUCCCUGUGCCCAGCAGUGUCCCUGUCUCUGCUGCCUCCGUCCCACGACUCGGCUCUCUAACCCGGUCAGCGCGGGUACGGCAGCUGUCUGUGAGGGCCCCAGAUGCUAAUUCGGGUGUGUGCUUGUGGAGGUCUCGGUCUAGAUCAGAAACUGGUCCAUGAGGCACGCUGUGAAGCGCAAGGUGCGAGUCUGAACAGGCUGCCCAGACCGAGGCAGGGCCAGACCCACCACCAGGAUGGCAGGAGCCACGGUCCCCACAGCCUCAGAGAAGCGGCCACCCUGCCGGGUGGAGUUGGCACAGCUCUGGAGGAACAGCUUCCCACCCAGAUGCAGGGCGCCAGGCAGAGCCAGCACGGGCAGGGUCUCCUCCUCACCAGGCCCCGCCCUGUGCUCUGGGUCCAGUGCAACCUGGGCCAUGAGGAGCCCCCUCGCUUGCCACCACGGGACAGUCCUGCUGUGUGAUCUCCCCAGGACCUGGGCGCGCCACACAAAGGACAAGGAAGAAAAGGUGACACUGGCGAAUGAAUUAAAAGUUUAAUUCUGAACCAUUUUUAUAACCGUAGUUUCUCUUAAGCGUCGUAUCACAGCAGGUUACAACAACUUUGGGAUAAAAGGCAACUGGUAAACUGUCCAAAACAAGGUUCCAAAUAACACCUCUUACUGAUUUACCCUACCCAUACAUAUCCCAAAUAAAGUUUUUGAUCAAAAACAUGAAAUAGAUCCACCUGCUUAUUUUAAGCAUAUUAAAAAGGAAACUAUUUGGACCAUUUCUAUUUGUCUAUUUUAUACAAAAAGGCUACACAAUGUUACACUUUUUUCAGAUUACAAUUAGAGUGAUUAUGAAUUAGUGUUCUACACCAUUACUCAAUUCUUAAAAAUUAGAAAUUGCUGCAGCAGUAUUCACUAUAACAUAACACUACAAGACUUAAAAAACUAACAGUUACUGCAAAAAAAAAAAAAAAAAAA